UGGCGCCAAUGGCUCGUGAGGUGGAACAUCAUCAAACACAUUACCUUGAAAGAUUUCUCUCAGAUGAUUGCAUAGCCACCAUGGCGUUGAGAUCGUCAGGUAAUAGAAAGCUCUCUUUCGAGAUUUUAGGCAAAACUAGAUCUUUAGAAGAAGAUGACCGAUCUUUGUUGUAUCGGUCGACUUCAGAUCCAAUCGGACUCCAAAGCGGCGUCGCUAAGCCGUCCCGCAAUAGUCGGAAGAAGAAGAAACAGAAGAAGAGGAAGGAGGCUAUAGCUGAUUCCCCGGUAAUUUCGGAAGAUCCGGUGGCGGAACAGUGUGGGAACGAUAGCAGUGGUACCUUAGUGGAGUCGACUUCCGAGAAUUAUGGGAUCAGAGAUAACGGGAACGUUAACAGGAUCAGUUGCGUUGGCAGCGCGAGCGUUGUGGUUGUGGAGGAAAGCGUGUGUCAAAAUGUUUGUGGUUUUGGGGAAUUGAGGCAGCGGAAUGUCAUUGGCGGAGGAGAGGAGAUGGCAGCGGUGGCGUCCAGGGCGGAAGAGGAUCGUGCGGAGAUGAAUGGUUCGAAGGAGCCGUUACCCCCGGCACAGCCUCAGCCCGUGGUUAAUGGGAACGUGGCGAAUAAGUUGGACACAGCUGAGUCUUUGGAUUGGAAGCGGCUUAUGUCUGAGGAUCCUAAUUAUCUUUAUGCAGUGCACAAAUCACCGGCAAAGUACUUUUUGGAUGAAAUGUAUAGUGGAAAUUCAUUGCGGAGGACCACAACACUUGGUAGUGAGAAAGAACGAGAGCGAGUGUAUGAUACUAUCUUCCGCUUGCCAUGGAGAUGUGAAGUGCUUAUAGAUGUUGGAUUCUUUGUCUGCUUUGAUGCAUUUCUGUCCUUGUUAACUAUCAUGCCAACAAGGAUUCUGAUUAAGCUUUGGAGGUUCCUGACUGCAAGGCAGUUCAAGAGGCUUUCUGCAGCAGAGCUGUGUGAUUUUGGCUGCUUUCUUGUUCUAGCAUGUGGAGUCAUUCUCCUGGGCCAAACAGAUAUCAGUCUAAUAUAUCACAUGAUUCGUGGUCAAGGAACAAUCAAACUCUAUAUGAUCUACAAUGUGUUGGAGAUAAUUGAUAAAUUAUGCCAAAGUUUUGGUGGAGAUGUGUUUGAAACCCUAUUUAAUUCUGCAGAAGGACUAGCAACUUGCUCUCAGGAAAACAUGAAAUUCUGGAUCCGUAGAUUUGUUUCUGACCAAGCAUUGGCUAUGGCUUUCUCAAUUCUUCAUUCUUUUAUUUUAUUAGCUCAGGCAAUUGCUUUAUCAACUUGCAUCGUUGCUCAUAAUAACGCACUAUUUGCUUUGCUGGUAUCCAACAACUUUGCUGAGAUAAAAAGCAAUGUCUUUAAGCGCUUUAGCAAGGAUAACAUCCACAAUCUCGCAUAUGCAGAUUCAGUAGAGAGAUUCCACAUUUCAGCAUUUCUCUUAUUCGUAUUAGCUCAAAAUAUUUUGGAAGCUCAGGGUCCUUGGUUUGAAAGCUUUCUUUUUAAUGCAUUUGUGGUUUUCUUUUGUGAAAUGUUAAUUGAUAUCAUAAAACAUUCAUUCCUUGCCAAAUUCAAUGGUAUAAAGCCCAUUGAAUACUCGGAAUUUCUUGAAGGUCUCUGCAAGCAGACUUUAAAUAUGCAAACUGAAGACAGCAAGAAAAAUCUCACUUUUGUUCCUCUUGCUCCAGCUUGUGUGGUCAUUCGAGUGCUGACUCCAGUAUAUGCUGCUCACCUCCCAUACAGCCCCUUGCCGUGGAGACUUUUUUGGAUCAUUUUCUUGAUUUCAGUAACCUAUGUCAUGCUCACAAGCCUAAAAGUAAUGAUCGGGAUGGGCCUACAGAAACAUGCAACUUGGUAUGUUAAUAGGUGUCGUAAAAGAAAACACCAUCUUCACUUCGACUGAUUCAGAACAAUAAAAGAUUAUUCGUGAAACAGGCAGCAGGAUGUAACAUAUACAUGAGAUACCACAGUCCACACCAAAAGAGGAUAUUGUCUAGUCUUGAUACUGGGGUUUUAUAUAUACAUGGGUCUUUGGUUUACCCUCCAAUUUUGUAGAGACUGAUGAAAUUGUUGGCUUGCGAGAGUUAUUGCUCUUUAUACAAAGGUUUAAGUAUUACUAUCCCUCCCUACUCCCCAAAUGCAUUCCUUCGCGUCUACUUCAAGUCUUGUUCAGAAACGAGUCCGACUUUUAAGAGUUGGAAUAAAAUGAUCUUAUAUCUACUUAUGCUAAUCACUUGUGGCAUUACCCCCCUUAUCGUCCGAGUCUUAUGUAAUCACAAUGAUAACAUGUUAUUUGAACUCGGGUUGCGAGAGUAUCUUUUUCUUUCAAUAUUUAUCCAUAUAUUUGGAGGUUUAAAGAAAAGGUCUAUGUAGGAUCAUAUUUUGGGAUAAAUGUAGUAGGCAGGGAUACUUGCACGUUGAGAACAACUCCAAUAUAAAAUGUAGGUGCAUAUUUGAUAA